AUGAAGACCUCCCUGAUCACAUUUGGUGCCUUCCUCGGCCUGGUCUCGGCCCAGCAUGCCGUCGUAAACAACCACUGUGCCUCCACCGUCUAUGUGCAGUCGUUCCCUUACGAUGGCAGCGCUCCCGGCCCUCUCACUACCCUUCUUCCCGGUGGGAAUUUCACUGAGAAAUUUAGACCCUCUGGCUCGACCGUUAAGAUCGGCAAGGCAAAGACGCUGGCUAAGCCUCUCUUCUUUGGCUAUUCGUUGACGUCCAGUCCGAACUACGCGUACUACGAAUUCAGCACGGAAUGGGGCAACCCCUUCGCGGCGAAUGCCAACUCGCUCAGUCCCGGGGAGGGCUGUAUGGCCUUUGACUGUGCGGCCAAUGAUCCCGCCUGCUACAGUACCCCAGCUCAUAAGAAGGUGUAUGGGUGCCCCCGCCCAGUCAACCUGACGGCGGACCUGUGUCUGUAA